AUGAAAUCUGGAAUAUUGGGUGCUGAGAGCGUUUUUGAAGCCCUUGUUAAAGAUGAAGCUGAAGCGUCCACAUUCCAAGAACGAUUUAAGAGCAGUUGGCUCUAUACAGAGCUUUACAAAGAGAGAAAUAUUAGAGCAUAUUUCAAGUAUGGUUUAUAUCCUGGCCUAUUACUCUCUGGUAUUGAUUCAAUCAUAUUCCGUGGAAAGACACCUUGGACCGUUAAAAUGAAUACUGCAGACCAUGAGCACACUAAACCAAUUUCUGAGGUUACAAAAAUUGAUUAUCCAAAGCCAGAUGGAAAGAUUAGUUUUGACUUGUUGACAAAUCUUGCUCGUUCUGGAACUAAUCAUAAUCAUGAUCAACCAUCUCAUUUGAAAUUGAAGGACGAAACAAUUCCUGUCAAUGUUAAUCUUAAAGUUUAUGGUGGUCCUGAGCAAUACUUUUGCCCUGCUCGUGUCUAUGAAUUUAUUCCAGAUCAAGAAGGCAAUCCAAAACUUAAAAUCAAUGCUCAAAAUUGUCUUCAUUGCAAGGCAUGUGAUAUUAAGGAUCCUAAACAAAACAUUAACUGGACUGUACCAGAAGGUGGAGGUGGACCAUCAUACUUGAUCAUGUAA